AUGGAAUUUAAACAACAAGAAAAGAAAAAAUCAUUCUGGGUUUGUGAUAGAAGGUUCACAUUUAGAGUUUAUUUAAUAUUAUUUGUAGUUACAGUAUUUGGAUUGUGGUUCUAUUUUAAUUACGAUCCAGAAAAAUUAAAAGUCAAAGAAUUAAUUAAAUGCUCUAAAAGAUUUUAUAAAAGGAUUGAAGAGGUUGAAAAGGAAUUAUCACUUUUAGAAAAUGAAAAAUAUUCAGAUUUUAUUGAUGUUUUUAAAAAGAAAUUUUUAGAGAAUCUUCGUGUUUUAUUAACUCAUCUUGAAUCUAGUAAGAAUGAAAUUAAAAAAGUUGCCUUUAAACAAUUAAUUCUUUUUUAUAAUUUAAUAGAUUUAACUAACGAAAAUGGUGAAAUUGAAGAAGAAGAUAAUGAGAUUGAAGAAGAUAAUGAGAUUGAAGAAGAUAAUGAGAUUGGAGAAGAUAAUGAGAUUGGAGAAGAUAAUGAGAUUGGAGAAGAUAAUGAGAUUGGAGAAGAUAAUGAGAUUGGAGAAGAUAGUGGAAUUGAAGAAGAAAAUGGUGAAAAUUAUGAUAUUGAUAAAGAAUUAAAAAAACAAACAACUUACAGGUCUAAUAUUAUUAAAAUUAUAAAUAUUCGAUCGAUUAAUCCUUAUAUGUUUACAACAAAUACUCUUUAUUCAAUGUUAUAUAAAAAAGAUUUAUCCCAAAGAUUUACAAUAGAUAAUGAAACAAAAGAAGUAGUUUUUAAUAAUUUUAUCAAAUUUUUUGAAAUGAAGUUCAAUAAUAUUGGUGUUUUUAUUUGUCCAGUAACACCUAAAGAUUUUAUUCAAUAUAUAGAUAUUAAAAUAGAACUUUUUAAGAAAAUAGAUCUCUUGAUAUAUACUCUUGGUAAUAUUUUUAUAACAUUUAUAGAAAAUGAUGAGGAUUUUAAAAAAGAAGAUGAAAUUUUAAAGAAGUCAAGUCUUUUUAAAAAUAAAAAUGCUUUAAAGUUAAAAUUUCCAAUUGAGUGUUUUUAUUCAGAUGAUGUUAGAAAUAAUUUAAAGUGUAAAGAUAAUGAUUUAUUUAAUAUUUUUUUUAAAAAUAGUUUGGAUGAAAAAAAAUUGGAUGAGUAUGAGAAAAAAGAAGAUGAAAUUUGGAAAGAAUUAAAAAGUAAUUAA